AUGAGAAGAUAUCAACGUCAGGCGCAAUCGCAACCGAAACAUGGGCCGCCCUCAGUCAGCGGCGCAUCCAAAGCUCCGAUCGCGCCGCCCAGCCGACGACCAGAUGAGAGAGGAUCCGGGAUCACGAAGAAGUCCGUGAAACGCCCGCCUCCUCAGGCAACCCCAGCACCAGCCGCAAAGGUCCAGCAGCAGAUUAUUCCAGAUAGCCUACAACAGCUGAUCUUGGAUAUUUUUCGGGAAACAUUUCCCCAAGUGAAUGAAUUUGAAGCGAUGAAACCGGCGUUGCGGGAGAUCAAGGAUACUCUAGACCGACGGGAUUUUCAGCAAGCCUUUGCCACUGAAGAGCACAAGGAGAAAUACACCAUCCGAUGGAGUCCGAGCCAGGCGUUGGCAUAUUCAAACAUUCUGGCUUGGAUUGCCAAGGAAUACAGCGACAAUGAAUGGGUUAAACAGUUCCUUACUGAUGGUGUUAAAAAUAACCCGUCAAGUGUCCUCUGUUUUGGUCGAGGUGCGGCGGAGCUCGUGGCUUUGAUCGUAAUGCUGAAGAACUCUCAUCUGAGCGCAUUAGGACAGCCUGCCCAACCAGAGCUCGAAAAUGGACAAGAAAUUGAUGGGGCGCUUGGAAAUUUGACCGUGUCUGAUCAGUGGCCCAUAUCAGACAAGACUCUGCUGAGGGUUGGCCUGGUUGACACGACGGACUGGACCGAGGUCGUCUCCAAAAUACACCAAUCUUAUACAACACCACGCCCUCUCUCCAAAUAUGCCAGCGCCAAGGCACGACUCUCAAACACUUCUCCGCUUUCCCCCAAGGCUCUGAGCUGGAAAUUUACGCAACUCGAUAUACUUGAUUGUGGAAUUGAAGAACUAGGUUCUAUGAUCGGUGCCGAUCCAACACUAAUUACUCUCUUCUUUACCCUGAACGACAUGUAUAUGACUUCAAUCUCCAAAGUAUCGGCUUUGUUGCGGAAGAUAACUGCGGCGGCGCCUAAAGGGAGCCUUCUACUCGUCGUUGAUAAACCCGGAGCUUGUGUCGAGGCCACACCUACGGACAACAAUGCUGGGACAGAGGGGAGACAAUACCCUAUCCACCUGCUAAUGUAUCGGGCACUAUUUCCCGAGGAACAUCAAAAGGUUGAAAAGGUCAAAGACAAGAAAGAACCUGCUUGGGAGAAGUUGGUCGAAGAGGAUAAUUGCAUUUUCAAGCUAGACAAGGGUCUAGUGUUUCCUGGCUGCCUGGAAAAUAUCAAGUUCCAGAUGCACCUACUUCAACGUUUGUAG